AUGUCUUCAAGGUUUGACAUUGAGUCAAAAAAGAGUGACACCGAGGUGAAUGAGGAUGAAGAGUGUCCUGUUAAGCAAGUUGAACUCACAGUAUCAAAAACUGAUGACCCUACAUUACCUGUUGUCACAUUUAGAAUGUGGGUUCUUGGGAUUCUUUCAUGUGUGGUUCUGUCCUUUGUGAACCAAUUCUUUUGGUACAGAACACAGCCUUUGAGUGUCACUUCAAUUUCUGCUCAGAUUGCUGUUGUUCCACUUGGUCAUUUCAUGGCAAGAGUGUUGCCAACUAGGGUCUUCUUCAAAGAUACACGGUUUGAAUUCUCAAUGAAUAGAGGUCCAUUCAAUAUCAAGGAGCAUGUUCUCAUAACCAUCUUUGCUAAUUCUGGUGCUGGAACCGUUUAUGCUACUCAUAUUUUGAGUGCAGUGAAGCUCAUGUACAAAAGGAAACUCGGUUUUCUUCCAGCCAUACUACUCAUGCUCACCACUCAGGUGCUGGGAUUUGGUUGGGCAGGACUGUUUAGGAAAUUUCUCGUUGAGCCUGCGGAAAUGUGGUGGCCUUCUAAUCUGGUCCAGGUCUCAUUGUUCAGUGCUCUGCAUGAGAAAAGCAAAAGACCUAAAGGAGCCACAACCCGGACUCAGUUUUUCGUCAUUGUCAUGAUCUCUGGAAUGGCAUACUAUGUGUUACCAGGCUACAUGUUUUCAAUGUUGACAUCUUUUGCUUGGAUGUGUUGGCUUGCUCCCAAGUCUAUCUUUGUCCAACAACUUGGUUCUGGUAUGAAUGGUCUUGGGAUUGCUGCAUUUGGUUUUGAUUGGUCUACAAUUUCUUCUUACCUUGGCAGUCCACUAGCCAGCCCAUGGUUUGCUACUGCAAAUAUCGCUGUUGGAUUCGUUAUCAUUAUCACAUUCUUUGCAAUGACUUAUGGUCUUGGAUUCGCCACUCUUUCUGCUACAAUUGUGCAUGUUCUUCUCUUCCAUGGAAGGGAAAUAUGGGCACAAAGUAAAAGUGCUUUUGGAGCUGGUAAAAAAAUUGACAUACACUCAAGACUUAUGAGGAAGUACAAGUCAGUCCCCAUGUGGUGGUUUCACAUAAUUCUAGUGGUGAACAUAGCUCUUAUUAUUUUUAUUUGUGAGUACUACAACGAAUCACUUCAGUUGCCUUGGUGGGGUGUAUUGCUAGCUUGUGCUAUUUCCAUUUUAUUCACUCUUCCAAUCGGUAUAAUAACAGCCACUACAAAUCAGCAACCAGGCUUAAACAUUAUAACAGAAUACAUAAUUGGUUACAUGUAUCCGGAGCGCCCUGUGGCUAACAUGUGCUUUAAGGUGUAUGGCUAUAUUAGCAUGGCUCAGGCACUAACAUUUUUGGCAGACUUUAAACUUGGUCAUUAUAUGAAGAUUCCACCAAGAACAAUGUUCAUGGCUCAGAUGGUAGGAACAUUCAUAUCAGUACUUGUAUACACAGUAACUGCUUGGUGGUUGAUGGGGACGAUCCCUGACCUUUGCGAUACUUCCGAACUACCAUCUGAUAGCCCUUGGACUUGCCCGAUGGACAAUGUCUUCUAUGAUGCAUCAGUAAUAUGGGGACUUCUUGGACCACGCAGAAUCUUCGGAAACCUCGGUGAAUACAGCAACGUGAAUUGGUUCUUCCUUGGUGGAGCCAUUGCACCUUUUCUAGUUUGGCUUGCUCACAAGGCAUUCCCGGGACAAACAUGGAUUCGUCUGAUUCACAUGCCUGUCUUGUUGGGUUCUACAUCAAUGAUGCCUCCGGCAACUGCUGUCAACUUCACAAGUUGGAUUGCUGUUGGCUUUAUCUCAGGGUACAUUAUAUAUCGAUAUAAACAGGAUUGGUGGAAGCGCUACAAUUAUGUUUUUUCUGGCGGUCUUGAUGCUGGAACCGCCUUCAUGACAAUCUUACUGUUUCUUACUUUGGGUUCAAACAACAUUAGCCUUACCUGGUGGGGAAAUAAUGUUGAAGGAUGUCCCUUGGCUGGUUGUCCUACUGCAAAGGGCAUUAUAGUUAAAGGCUGUCCAGUUCUUUGA